CCCCGGGAUCAAGGAUAUACGAUGAGUGAGGCUUUGGGAUUUCAAUGUACCAAAUUUGUUGCGGACAUUCAGCCUCCAGCAUGGUUAUCAUUGUCCUGGUGUUGUUCGGAUAUUUACCAAGAAGCCAUUCCGAUGUUGUCAAGGGCAAUCAGCAAAGGCAGGUGGGAGUGAUGCCAAUUGGCGGCCAUGGCAGCAAUUAGGGAAAGCACGACUCUAUGCCAAUGUCCCAGGAAUAUCCGGAACAAGCUUCAACUCCCUUCAACCUCCUAAAAUGCAUCCUUAUAGAUUCUCUCCAUGAUGCCCAAUAUCAAAAUCCAUUGGAAGGGCCGUCCUCACCAUCAUCUUCCACGAAUUCGAGUUGCAUCCACGCCUCGAAAUUCCGUUCGGUCCCGUUCGCAGCUCGCUGCUGAACAAGUUUUGCGAGUACCCCUUGGGAAUUCCCUUCUACAAGCACGCAAGAAACAGCGAUUCAACUUUCGAUUUCGAAGGCGACGGGGACGAAGUUCAAGAAGUACAGGCACAUCAGCAGUCGUUCGAUCUCGCAGACACGCUAUACAGAGGGCAAGGCAACACAUCCAGGUGUUUGGAUGGGCCGCUUCACAGGCGGAGCUUGCCAACAGAAGGACGUUCGAAACUGCUUCAAUUAGGCCUCAAUCAUCCAGAAGUGUUGGCACAACGUCUGGACUUCGAAAUCAGCAUCCACAGGACAGCGUGAUUCCCUCCACCGAUGGAGCGGCUAGCUCUUCUGUAAGACGGGUCAAAGCAUACAAGAGAGAACCAGAGAACCUGUACUCGUUGAUUCAUGUUGCGGAAGUGCCAGCCUACGGGAAGCCCCAGAACUCCCAGAACUUUGAGAACCGGAAGAGGUCGUCUCCGAACCCAGAUCUCUCGCGGAUCCACUCCGUAAGGAGACCUGGAGCAGAGUACGCUCACGUGGGUCCUCUUGAGACGGUUAGUAGGAGAAAUACAUUUCGUGGUUCUCAAGCGCUUGAAAGACAGCGAAUUUAUGAUUGUAGGAUUGACCCGAAGAAUCGUAUUGAAAAUCGAAGCAAGUCUAGCCCAGCUCACAUCAGAGAAAGUACCAGUGGAGCUAGUACAAUCCAAUCGCCGGCAAAUAAGAAGCAAAGUCGUGCAUCGGCAGAGCUUUGGGAAGCUGUGAACUCCUUGGGCCUUCACACCAAACCCGAAGGAGCCAAUACUCUCUCGAAUCGAACCAUUGUUUCAUCAAGCCGUGGUACAAUCGUUUCUGAUACCUCUUCUCGCACUCCGAGUCAACGGAAGGCUCUUAAGAAGUUUACAAGAGAAAUCGAACUCUAUCUCCAAGCUUGUCGGUCAUUACCGAAAGGGACUUUUGUCGCUACACCGACCACACUAUCAGCACGUACCAUUGGCGAAUUCAGACCUUAUCAAGCACAAUUCCAGUCUGCCGGACUUGCUGUUACAUCAGAUCAGCAGCGGCGAUUGUCCAGAUUUGAGGUGGAACAAUCACCACCGCCUACCCCACCGAAAGACGACAAGAUGGUACUUCGAAAGGGCAAGCAAAAGGAGAAACCUAGGGAGCCAUCGUAUGCCUCCGGUUCAACAGGGACAACGGUACUGGGUUGGACACCGCCACAUGAAAAGACAUCUCCACGACCGAAGACCGCAAGAGAGCCAUCAUCGGAAACCGAUCAUACAAUCAUUGGCUUCACUCCACCACACGAGAGGGUAGCCUCACCACCAUCAAGACCACCUCCUUCAGCGCCCAUGACUGCAAGUAAGAAGUCUCUGCCAUGGCUUCGAAAACCUGAGACUUCACCUGAGACUGUUUCGCCCACAAAUAAGAUGAGUGCUGCUCCCAGUGUAGAUAAACUGGAGCCACCAACUCCACUUGAAGGUUGGGUUGCAACUUCUGGUUCUCCCCCGAAGGAGAAGACAAUGGAGAGAAUCAGGAAAAGUGGUCCCGUAGUUCCCCGUGAGUAAAGGCCUCAAGAUUCAGGAGGUGUAGCUAAUGAUGUAAAGCUCGGCCAAUCUCAAAACGGUCCACAAGGAUUGCGAACGAACCAGAUAUCCCUAUGCAGCAGGUUGAGGUGUUUACGCAGACCGACAACAUUGGCGUUGGCGUCAUUGACACUAGUGUUAUCACCACAUAUGUAGACAUGGCAACGCAGACUGAUGUAGACGCUGAAGCCCCUCAG